AACAUUAAAACAUAUUCGAAAAAUCAAGACUGCAUUUCUGCAAUUUGUAAAUACUCCCUAUCCAACAAGAUUUGCCCUGUUCGAGCCCAGAAAGAGCUUCCCAGGGAUCUUCUUCCUCAUGAAUUUCAUAGCUAAGCAGCUCCCAUUUAACCUUUUUUGUUCUUCCUCUUUUCCUGCACUUUCACACCGCGCGUCUCAUCGCAAAAAUUUCUCUCCUUCAACAAGUAGCCUCACCGUUUUGCCGCGUAGAGUUCAUACCUUGAAUCGGGUCUCUGGAAUUUAUGGUAAAAUCCAACCAAGAAAUUAUUUUGAAGCAAAGUCCUCCAAUGGCUGCUCCCUCAAUGAGGUGUCUUGGCAGGACGAAGGCCGGGCUGCAAUGUUGCCAGAAGAAGUUCCAUUAUUGGAGUUGGCAAAAGAAGAGUCAAUGCUCAGCAUAACUAUUGUAGGAGCCUCUGGGGACCUUGCCAAGAAGAAAAUCUUUCCAGCUUUGUUUGCACUCUAUUAUGAAGAUUGUCUACCCAAGAAUUUUGUUGUCUUUGGUUAUGCUCGGACUAAAAUGAACGACGAGGAACUACGUGACAUGAUCAGUGCAACUUUAAAUUGCAGAGUUGAUAGUGGGGAGAAUUGUGAUGCCAAGAUGGAACAGUUUCUGAAAAGAUGUUUUUAUCACUCUGGUCAAUACAGUUCAGAGGAUCAUUUUGCUGAAUUGGACAGAAAACUAAAAGAGAAGGAGGGCGGUAGAGUCUCUAACAGAUUGUUUUAUUUGUCAAUACCUCCAAAUAUAUUUAUGGAUGUGGUGAAAUACGCAAGUGGUAAAGCAUCUUCUACAAGUGGUUGGACAAGGGUCAUUGUUGAAAAGCCAUUCGGACGUGAUUUAGAAUCAUCUAGACAGCUGACAAAAUGUCUAAUGGAGUACUUAACAGAGGAACAAAUAUUCAGAAUUGACCAUUACUUGGGAAAGGAGCUUGUAGAGAACCUUUCAGUUCUUCGGUUCUCAAAUCUUGUUUUCGAGCCUCUCUGGUGCAGAAAUUACAUUCGCAGUGUGCAGUUUAUAUUUUCAGAGGAUUUUGGUACUGAGGGACGAGGAGGAUACUUUAACAAUUACGGGAUCAUCCGAGACAUUAUGCAAAAUCAUUUGCUUCAAAUAUUAGCAUUGUUUGCAAUGGAACCUCCCGUCAGCUUGGAUGCUGAAGAUGUCCGAAAUGAAAAGGUGAAAGUUUUGAGGUCAAUGAGGCCUUUGCAGCUUGAAGAUGUGGUCAUAGGGCAGUAUAAAGGACAAAGCAACGGUGUGAAGUCGUAUCCAGGGUACACAGACGAUCCAACUGUGCCCAAAGACAGUAUUACCCCAACCUUUGCUGCUCUAGCUCUAUUCAUUAACAAUGCUCGCUGGGAUGGGGUUCCGUUCCUUAUGAAAGCUGGAAAAGCACUGCACACUAAACGAGCAGAGAUCAGGGUUCAGUUCAGACAUGUUCCUGGCAACUUGUACAAGAAGAACUUUGGAACUGAUUUGGACAAAGCAACAAAUGAGUUAGUGCUUCGCUUGCAACCAGAUGAAGCAAUAUACUUGAAAAUCAACAACAAGAUUCCUGGACUCGGAAUGAGACUGGACCGCAGUGACCUUAAUCUGCUUUACAAAGCAAAGUAUCGAAGCGAAAUACCGGAUGCAUAUGAGAGACUGCUGCUGGAUGCAAUAGAAGGAGAGAGGAGGUUGUUCAUCAGAAGUGAUGAGCUGGAUGCUGCGUGGGCAUUGUUUACGCCUCUGUUGAGAGAAAUGGAAGAGAAGAAGGUCGGACCUGAGCUGUAUCCAUAUGGCAGCAGGGGCCCCGUUGGGGCCCACUAUCUCGCUGCAAAGCAUAACGUUCGCUGGGGAGAUCUCUCAGGUGAUUAAGAAUGACUAUGAUAAUCAUAUGUAUCCAUACCAUGAAAUGGAAGCUUUAUAGAUCCCCCCCCCACCUGCACAAUAAAUGAUUGUAUAUAGGUUGUACUGUUGGUGGGUAAGAAUCAAUAAGUUGUACAUGGUUCCGAAGGUCACAUUGUAAUGAAAUGUUUAACAAAUG